AUGAGUGAAAGCAUUGAGAGACACACAUUCAAGGUAUUUAACCAGGAUUUCACUGUAGAUAAACGAUUCCAACUGAUAAAGGAGAUCGGCCAUGGUGCAUAUGGUAUUGUUUGCUCUGCCAGGUUUGCAGAAGCAGCAGAAGAGACUACUGUAGCUAUCAAAAAAGUUACAAACGUUUUCUCCAAAACUCUACUAUGUAAGAGAUCAUUACGUGAAUUGAAAUUAUUAAGACACUUCAGAGGUCACAAGAAUAUCACUUGUUUGUACGAUAUGGAUAUCGUCUUUUAUCCAGAUGGUACAUUCAACGGACUUUACCUAUAUGAGGAACUAAUGGAAUGUGAUAUGCAUCAAAUCAUUAAAUCUAGUCAACCUCUAACUGAUGCUCAUUAUCAGAGCUUCAUAUAUCAAAUUCUAUGUGGGUUGAAAUAUAUACAUUCAGCAGAUGUAUUACAUCGUGAUUUGAAGCCAGGGAAUUUGUUGGUCAAUGCAGAUUGUCAAUUGAAGAUUUGUGACUUUGGCCUAGCUAGAGGUUACUCUGAAAACCCAGUUGAAAACAACCAAUUCUUGACUGAGUAUGUUGCCACCAGAUGGUACCGUGCCCCCGAGAUUAUGUUAAGUUACCAAGGUUACACAAAGGCUAUCGAUGUAUGGUCUACAGGUUGUAUCCUAGCCGAGUUCCUAGGUGGGAAACCGAUCUUUAAAGGUAAAGAUUACGUGGAUCAAUUGAACCAAAUAUUGCAAGUAUUAGGGACCCCUUCAGAAGAGACGUUGAAAAGAAUCGGAUCAAAGAAUGUCCAAUCUUAUAUCCAUCAACUAGGUUACAUUCCAAAAGUUCCAUUUGUAGAGUUAUAUCCAAAUGCAAAUCCUCAAGCGUUGGACUUAUUGGAGAAGAUGCUUGCAUUUGAUCCACAAAGGAGAAUCACUGUAGAUGAGGCUUUACAACAUCCAUAUUUGUCUAUUUGGCAUGAUCCAGCUGAUGAGCCUAUCUGUGCAGAUAAAUUUGACUUUAGUUUCGAAGUCGUGAAUGAUAUGGAUGAAUUAACACAGAUGGUAACUGACGAAGUACAUGAUUUCAGACAGUUUGUUAGACAACCAUUAUUGGAAGAACAGGAACUACAUCAUCAUCAACAACAACAACAACAACAACAACAACAACAAGAGUUAGAACAGAAACAGAAGGAAAGCGAUAUGAGGAAACAUACAUCUACUAGUAGCAUGCACUCAAGUCAUCAAAUCAGCCAUUCUGAAUAUGCAACACCUAUGCGUCAACCUGGAAGUUCUAACCAAGCUACACCUCUGCAGGAUUUUGGUCUACAUGCUCAUGAUUUACCAUCACAUGAUACUGAUCUACCACCAAGACCCCAUGAAAACUUACUAGCUUCGCCUGUAGGUGUUAGUCAAACGAUACCACCUCCUGAUGCAGAUGUUCAGAAUGUGAAUAAUAACCAAACUGGACUAUUUGAUCUAGAAAAGGAGCUGGCAUUCGGUCUAGACAGAAAGUACAUAUAG